CUUCUUUUUCUCUCCUUCCUCGCCCGAUCUUUUCGUAUAUAUUCGGAGCGAUCCUUUGGGUUUUACUGCUGAGCCCGAAAAUCCAUUUCGAUUUUGAUAUAGCUUCUCAAAGUUUGCAAAUUGGGUUUGAUCGGGGUUUUUAGGGGGUUUUACCCAAAUCUGUUCGAGUUUUUUCUCUUCCUGGCUAGAUUUCUCAGUGUCUGUAGAGAAAGUCUCCGCAGACAAUUCAUUUUCUUCUCGCUUUUCCCAGAAAAUUGGAUCAAAAUCGUUACAAUCUGUGACUUUUAGCUGAAACCCCAUUUUUUGGUUCCAAGUUUCAUCUCAUUUGCUUCUCAAUCUCCGUCGAAUCAUAGGGCAUAAUCAGGGUUUAGGUGUUGUUGAAGCCGGAACAAAUUUCUCAUCCAAUUCGAUUCCUUUUCCGAGUUUAAGUUUCUGGGUUUUUGGGUUUUGUUCUUCGAAAAUGGAAUUGAGUUCCCAGCAGCGGUUCCCGAUAGGCCGGCAGUCGUCGAUGGCGCCGGAGAGGUGUCUGGAACCGUUGGUUCAUGAGGAAGAAGUGAUAUCGGAGGAAGGAGAAGAGAUCGAUGCAGGCGUGAGGCUGAUGUAUUUGGCGAAUGAAGGCGACAUUGAAGGGAUCAAGGAGCUUCUGGAUUCAGGUGUCGAUGCCAAUUUCAGAGACACUGAUGAUCGAACCGCGCUCCACGUGGCGGCCUGUCAAGGUUUGAAGGAUGUCGUCGAACUUCUCAUCGAUCGCCAGGCCGAGAUUAACCCCGAAGAUCGCUGGGGAAGCACUCCUCUUGCAGAUGCCAUAUUCUACAAAAACAUUGACGUCAUCAAGCUUCUUGAGAAGCAUGGCGCUAAACCUCCUAUGGCUCCAAUGCAUGUGAACCAUGCCCGUGAAGUUCCCGAGUACGAAAUUGAUCCUAAUGAACUCGAUUUCACCGAAAGCAAGGACAUAACAAAGGGAACUUAUCGCAUAGCAAAAUGGCGUGGAAUCCAAGUUGCUGUGAAAAAGCUCGAGGAUGAAGUUUUAAGUGAUGAAGAAAAAGUGAGGAAGUUUCAUGAUGAGCUUGCAUUGCUUCAAAGACUUAGGCAUCCCAACAUUGUGCAAUUUCUUGGUGCUGUUACCCAAAGCAGUCCAAUGAUGAUUGUGACUGAAUACUUACCAAGGGGAGAUCUGCGUGAAUUGCUUAAAAGGAAAGGGCAGUUAAAACCAGCAACUGCUAUACGAUAUGCCCUUGAUAUUGCAAGGGGAAUGAGCUACCUCCAUGAGAUCAAACAGGACCCGAUAAUCCACCGUGAUCUCGAACCAUCAAAUAUACUGCGAGAUGAUUCUGGGCAUCUGAAAGUUGCAGACUUUGGAGUAAGCAAGCUUCUAACUGUUAAGGAAGAUAAACCCUUUACAUGUCAAGACAUUUCUUGCCGAUAUGUCGCUCCAGAGGUUUUCACUAGUGAAGAAUGUGAUACCAAAGCCGAUGUUUUCUCUUUCGCCUUGAUUCUUCAAGAGAUGAUAGAAGGACACAUGCCAUUUUCUGAUAAGAAAGACAGUGAAGCUUCUGAAGCAUAUGCAUCCAGAGAGCGGCCGCCAUUUAGAGCUCCAUCAAAGCAAUACCCACAUGGACUUAAAACGUUGAUAGAGGAGUGUUGGCACGACAAGCCGGCCAAGCGACCAACUUUCAGGCAGAUCAUCAAGCGGCUCGAAUCAAUUCUUCACCACAUGGGUCACAAGCGACACUGGAGGAUGAGGCCAUUGACGUGCUUCCAGAAUUUCGAGCACAAAACGAGGAAAAACAAUUGGGAUUUAAGCAGCCGAGACGGUUCAUCCGGUUCGACCGGUUUCUGAUACUUAACCGGUUCCUUUUUUAUUUGGUUAAAAUUUCCUAAUCCUUCGUUCUUUUCUCCCGGUUAACUUUAUUGUAUAAUUUGUGUACAACUUCAUGAUUUCGUCCCCAAUAUGCAAAAUUAUAUCACGUAUUUCUAUACUUAUUUUCUGCCCACUGGAUAUUUUUUAAGUAAAAUAACCGAGUUUUGUUCCGGUUUAAGAAUUCA